GACUUUUUCCCAGAGUUUCAGAGCUACCUUUUUUCCCGAUGCUACCGUUCAAUUCUCUAUAAAUUGGAACCUCUGUGCAAUUAAACCAUCAGUAACAGGACUUUAUUUUCCCUUCUGAACGCUAAUACAGUCACUGUACUUGUUUCGGUUGAACGAAGUGUUAAUCAAUGGCUUCACUUUCUUUGAUUAACGUUCCAUUUCUUCUGGUGAUAUCUUUAUCAAUAGUCACUUCUUCAAUGGUGGCUUCUGCUAAUAAUUUCUAUCAAGAUUUUGACAUAACCUGGGGAGGUUCCAGGGGAAAGAUACUCGACAAUGGGGAGCUUCUUACUUUAUCCUUGGAUAACAUUUCUGGCUCAGGGUUCCAAUCCAAGAAAGAGUAUUUAUUCGGGAAAAUUGAUAUGCAGCUCAAAUUAGUCCCUGGAAAUUCUGCUGGCACUGUCACUGCUUACUACUUGUCAUCAAUUGGACCGAUCCACGAUGAAAUAGACUUUGAGUUUCUGGGAAAUUUGAGCGGUCAACCUUAUAUACUUCAUACCAAUGUGUACACUCAGGGCAAAGGCGAAAGAGAACAGCAGUUCUACUUAUGGUUUGAACCAACUGCUGAUUUCCACACUUAUUCAGUCCACUGGAAUCCAUCAGCUGUUGUCUUCUCUGUGGAUACAAUUCCCAUCAGGGUUUUCAAGAACUUGGAAUCCAUAGGUGUUGCAUUUCCGAAAACCCAGCCAAUGAGGCUAUAUUCAAGUUUAUGGAACGCAGAUGAGUGGGCCACAAGAGGGGGCCUGGUGAAGAUUGACUGGACUCAAGCACCAUUUAUGGCUUCCUACAGAGGUUUUAGUUCAAGUGCUUGCAGUCUGGCUUCUGCAAAACCUUCUUGCGUUUCAUCAAUGCCAAAUUAUAGUCCGUGAUUGUCAGAGCAGCUGGAUCCACUCGGUGAAAGGAGGUUAAGGUGGGUGGAAAAGAAUUACAUGAUCUACAAUUAUUGCACUGACGCAAAGCGUUUUCCACAGGGAUUUCCACCAGAGUGCAGGGCCAUCUCUUGAAAGGAAAGAAUAUGUCCAUUCUGAUACUCGUUUCCAUCUCCGAAUUUUGCUUUCUAGUUAAUCUCUUUCUUAAGUGGUGUUUCGUGCUAAAAUUUUGUUGUCGUCCUCGAAGUUCUUGUAGCAUAAAUGCACAAUGAAUAUGACAUGUAAUAUGAACUCAAGAGUAUAUUGUU